AUGCAAGUUGGUCAUUUGCUUCAGGCGCACUUGCUGCUGCCAGAAGCAGAUGCAGGUACGGAAACGGUGGACACCCCUUUCGAGGCAGCGGAGGGACAAGAAGAGGCAGCUCCAAAGCCCACGGUGUCCAAGGAGGAGCUCAUGCAGCGGGCAGCCGCUGAGCUGCCACCCAUGACAAACUUGGGACCCAGCGGACACGUUUGGGAGCUCACCGAGGAAGAGGCAGCUUGGCAAAAUGUGGGACACCGGGAAGGCAUGCGUUUGGUCGAUGCAAGUCGCCAUAUGCCUCUGCAGUUCCAAGUGCUACCUGCUGCCGUGGCCACCGGCCGCGUGCCAGACGGCUUGGAAGAUACAGAGGUACGGAAGUGGGUCAAGCAGAGGUUCGGAAAGCAUGCUCCAGUGCAUCGCAUGGCGAUCAUUCUCCUCACUGGGAAGCCUCCUGGUAUGGAAGAGAAUCGCAGGGACAGUGAUACUGCCUGA